CGGCUCCGGCAGUUCGCAUUCUGAGUGAGACUCUGAUUCAGAUUCGGUUCCAGUCUCAGUUCCGAGCAAACUUCGGCGGGGAGCAGAAGGAGCUGUGGAGCCCGAGCAGGACAUAAAAAUAGACACGAAGUACUGAAACAAAAACUCGAGGCGGCGAGCUAGUGUAGAAUUUUUUACAUAUAGAGUUACAACGGGAGGAAGCAGGAAGUGGCGGAUAAUUAAGGACAAAAACGCAAUUUCAAUUAUCGUUAGUGUAAUCUUGAAUGUGAAUUUAAAUGUGAACUGUGAGUGCACGGUAUUCGGCAAUUUUUGCUAGACACUUAGAUACUCUGGAUGCGGUGUACUUUUUCCCAUUGCAAAUUAGUUAGUGUAACCUAAUCAAAUAUAUAUAUAAUUAAAUAGAACGGUGUACACAUGUGUGUUGUGCAAGUAUUUUUGCUAAAUUUAUUAAAUUGAUGUUGAAUGUAAGCUUUUCGAACGCUCGUGCAAUUAUUGUAAUCUGAAUAAAGGAACUCUGACCGCUUUCAAAUGACAAAGGAUUAGAAAUCGGAGUCCUUUUUCCCAAAAACCGUAAGGGUGUAAGGCCAUUUGCCUUUGUCAGGGGGUGUGUCCAGAGCGGGGACUAGGGAGUCCUUUUACAUAAGCAUAAGGGCGAGCUGCAAAUGGGACAGCCACCUGCGGCUACACGUCGGCUACUCAACGCUGGAAUCCCUCGCUUUGUUCGCCGCUGAGUGCUGCGUGUCCUUGCAACGUGACAGUCCGAUUGUGUCCCGGAUAUGCAAAGAAGUCCCGCAUCCCGACAAUGGCCCACUUAAAACUGGACACCCUCCACGUGCAGCGAAGCCCUCGCGGCUCCCGCAGGAGCAGUCCGAGCAGCGGAAGAAGCAGUGCCUGUAGUUCCGGUAGCAUCUCCCCGGUGCCCAUCAUACCGAUCAUCUCCAUCAGCCACGAUGGCGACGAGUCCGAGUCGGAGUCGGAAAUCGAAACUGAGCCGGCGCGCCUCUUUCAGCGCCGCAUGUCCAUCAAGUGCACCAACAACCUGGCUGCCAUCAUCAAGGAGGGAUUCCUGCUGAAGCACACUUGGUCAUUUCAACGCUGGCGGCGUCGUUACUUUCGCCUCAAGCGGAAUAUGCUGUUCUACGCCAAGGAUGAAAAGUGCGAUGUUUUCGACGAUAUCGACCUAUCGGAUUUGUGUUACUUCGAGUGCGGCAUCAAGAACGUAAAUCAUAGUUUUCAGAUAAUCACACCCACUCGUUCGCUGGUGCUCUGCGCCGAGUCCCGCCGCGAAAUGGAGGAUUGGCUGGGCAGCCUAAAAACGGCGACGGCGCCGCAGAGGCCUCGUGGUGACAGCUUUCUUAUCGAGCAGCACGACAUCCUGUCCAACCACCACCACUGGUACGCCACCUCCCACGCCCGCCCCACCUACUGCAAUGUGUGCAGGGACGCCCUUUCCGGGGUCACCUCCCACGGACUCAGCUGCGAGGUGUGCAAGUGCAAGGUGCACAAGCGGUGUGCGGCCAAGUCGAUAGCCAACUGCAAGUGGACAACGCUAGCUAGUGUGGGCAAGGACAUCAUCGAGCAGGCGGACGGCAUCAUCAUGCCGCAUCAGUGGAUGGAGGGCAACCUGCCGGUGUCCUCCAUGUGUGCCGUCUGUAAAAAGACCUGCGGGUCCGUGCUAAGACUCCAGGAUUGGCGGUGCCUGUGGUGUCGGGCCACCGUCCAUGUGGCUUGUCGUCCCCAAAUGGCUGUGGCCUGUCCAAUCGGACCUGCCAAGUUGUCGGUGGUUCCUCCAACCAGCGUACAUUCCAUCAGCACCGAUGACGCCUGGGAUGUGGCCAGUCCCAAGGGCAACUUUUCGCCCCUGCUGGUCUUCGUGAACUCCAAGUCUGGAGACAAUCAAGGAGUGAAGUUCCUGCGGCGCUUCAAGCAGCUACUGAAUCCUGCACAAGUCUUUGAUCUAAUCUCUACUGGUCCGAGUCUUGGAUUACGGCUAUUCCGACACUUCGAGAUGUUCCGUAUUCUGGUCUGCUCCGGUGACGGAUCAGUAGGCUGGGUUCUUAGCGAGAUCGAUCGCUUUAACAUGCAUAAACAAUGUCAGGUGGCCGUGAUGCCUUUAGGGACGGGCAACGAUCUGGCCAGGGUUUUGGGUUGGGGCUCGAGCUGCGACGACGACACCCACCUGCCGCAGAUUCUAGAGCGGUACGAGUCGGCCAGCACCAAGAUGCUGGAUCGAUGGAGCAUCAUGGUCUUCGAAAAGGCUAUUCCUGUGCCCAAAACACCCAAGAUGUCCAUCAGCACUGAGCAGGAAGCGAUGCUCACUGGCAUGGUGACAUCGGCCAACCAUCACCUGCGCUUCAUAGUGGAAACCAAUGACACCCAGACCCUGAUCAGCUCCACGCGGAAUCUCUGCGACACCGUUGACGACCUGGUCUGCCGCAUCUCGGAACACCACAAGGAUGACGAACAGCUGGCCGUUAAGUGUGACAUUCUCAGGCAGAAACUUAACAUGCUGCUGGAUGCUCUGCAGGAGGAGGAAAUCGGUGCCCACAGUGGCGACGAUUUGAUAGCCACCAUCAGGAGUCUUAUUGCGAGAAGUAUUCCGGUGACGCCAGGAUCCAACGCCUACCUGCUCAAUCCAAACAUAUCAAUCGAAAAGACGGAAAAGGAUCAAAUUAAUACAAAGGAGCGCAGAAAUAGUCGAUCCCUUCGCUCUAGCGAGAAAGAGGCUCUCCAGUGUCGUGCCAAUAGCGUCAAGCGAGCCAUCUACAAUGUUGUGGAGCACUCGGAACCAGGACGUCCUAAACGCUACCAGCGAAAGUUGUCCAUUACACCGUUUGAGGCCCUAAAGCUACCUACAAACGCAUCCGGAGAAUCAACACCCUGCACCUCCCCUUUACCGAUAAUUCCACCCAUCAAUAUUAUCUCUCCCACCAUGGAAACCUCACGUCUCACCUGCAUUUCCCCUCUGCCUGAUACCCGACGAGAUUCCGUUGAUGAGAACUUCUUUAACAGCAUAAAUUUGCCGGCUCCGCGUCAAUUUGCGGAUAGUCGUAGGAGCUCUGGUGUGGAAGUGAUCCAGGAGAUCGAGGAGGGCGCCAAUGGGGAGACCGUGUACCGAAGAAGUCGCAUGUCCCUGACCGGUGGAGCUAAUAUCGAUGAUGCCGGUAAUCGUUUGUCACCCUGCAGCGACGGAGGCGAAAAUACGCCCACCGAGCGCAAAGUGGACUUCCUUAGGGUCCCGAUCCACACUGGCGAACAGAUAGUAGACCCCUUGUGCGAUUAUCGUCCACACGAGGUUUUUGAGCGUACCUACUACAUGACCCGGGAAAUGGACAAAGACAAGGAAAAGGACAAGGAGAAGGACAAACCCGUAGAGAUCGACAAGGAAAAGAAUACAUGUGUGGAGAAGGAGGGCAGCAUGCCCGCCGAGAAUCUGGUGCAUACAUGCAACCUUCAGGUACCCGGAGUUGUCGUUACCCCAAACCCCCAAAAUGUUUACUCAAGCGCCAGCAUUACAAUCAUUGACACCGAUGCACAGACCACUACCGAGCAAUCCUCUUCAGAUGAUCUGGGUGGCGAAGCCAGCGAUGUUCUGUCUGCCAUUAGCAAUGAAGAGUGCAGCGUGGCUUCUGAAAUAUUUGACAAGCAGGACGCAGGACAAACCGUGGGUGAUAUCAUUCAGAAUAUGGAUGCCAGCAACUUCACACACAUCGACUCACCAGAGACGAGCGAUGAAACGGAGGCCAUGCCUGGCGAGAGCAUCAUGGACGACAUAAGCUCGGUACUGGGUCACGAUAUAACCUAUGCCCUGCAGGACAACACGCUUACCGACGACACCACCACUCUCUGCUCUGAGCAUGUGGGACCACCGAAACCUCCUCGCAAGAAGUCAUUGAGCGCCCUAAGCCGCACCCAUGCUCAUCCGCGGCGGCGCAACUCGUCUCCACCGAGAAUUGCGCGAUUGGCGCGAAUGGACAGCGAUGAUAAUCCCCAGCAAUUCGGAUUUGAAAAUAUCGUUUUCGAGAUCGACAAUAGGUGUGACGACCAGAAGAUGCGGGAGCCACCGCGCUACUGCAGCCUGGCGCAGUUCGUGGAAGGUAACGAUAUAGCGCGUCAAAGCUUCAAGCAGCUUAUGCUAGAACAACAUCGAGGUGGAGACAACGAUAGCGAUUAUCCGGAGCACCAGCAAACUCCAACGAAUAAAGGGGCCAAUUCACUGGCCACCACCAGCGAGGACGAGCUGUCCACGCAGACGGCCAUCAAAAUAGAAAUACAAGACAUUGAUGCCACUGUGCGCAACCUCAACAGCAGCAUGAAGCCGAAUACGAUCUUGACCACGUCGACAUCGCCCACGAAGAAAUCGGGCCAUGGACAAGAUGUAAAGCGCAUUACUUUUGAUGAGUCGUGUAAGAAAGAAUCCUUUGAUGAUGUAAAUCCCAACUAUCCACAGAUAAGUGUUGUUGUGAGGCCGCCGACGCCGUUGCGCGGCGACUCCAUCAAGCCCACGGUAUCGCUCCUGCCGGUCUCCUCCGGCGGAGCCAUGGCCGUGUCCAUGACCUGCUCCGGAAUGCUGGGGGUGCGAGCCAUGAACGCCUCUGAGAUCAGGCGACACUCGAGCCACGCCCCCGGUCUGGCUGUCCGUGAGUUCGACAAGGACAAGGACCGCCGGCACUCCGGCUUCAAUCCCAACCAGCUGACACUCGAUCCGGAGCACGCCCGCUUCCUCAGCAGCUCGCCGGCGGCUAGUCGCAGGAUCAGCUGCGGCAGCCUCUUCAAGAAGAAAAACAAAAAGAUCGCCACCAAGCGCAGCUACGGAUUGUUCAGCGUUCGGUUCUUUGUGGUGGCCGAGCCAGAUUUUCGCCUGGCCACCCUGGCGCUGAUCAGGCCACUGAUUCCUCUGCCGAACGAAGCACUUCCGAAUCUGCAGACCCUAAAGGGGUCCAAGUCGAGCUUGUUUAUGGGGUCAACUUUAUUCGGUUUCGAUCACUUGGCUUCCGCAGAAAAGGACAAGGAGGAAAAAGGCGGCAAAGACAAAGAUAAGACGCCCACCGAGGAGACCAACCGAAAGUUGCCCAUCAUCAAUCCUCUAGUGCGACUGCCCAACUGGCCAAAUCUUGCUAAUGGUGGUGGCUUUAUAUCCAAAUGCCUUUUGGCCAAUGCCGAUACCCUCUGCGCCGCCGUCAGUCCCCUUAUGGACCCGGAUGAGACACUACUAGCCGGUUACCAUGAGAAGUGCGUGAUGAACAACUACUUUGGAAUCGGCAUCGAUGCCAAGAUCUCGCUGGACUUCCACAACAAGCGUGAGGAGCACCCCGAAAAGUGCCGAUCCCGAGCACGGAACUACAUGUGGUACGGGGUUUUGGGAUCCAAGCAGCUCCUGCAGAAGACCUGCAAGAAUCUGGAGCAGCGAGUACAGCUCGAGUGCGAUGGUCAGAGGAUUCCGCUGCCGGAAUUGCAGGGAAUUGUGAUACUGAACAUACCCAGCUUCAUGGGAGGCACCAAUUUCUGGGGCAGCAGCAAGAAGGAUGACAUAUUCCUGCCGCCCAGCUUCGAUGAUCGUGUGCUAGAAGUGGUGGCUGUCUUCGGAUCGGUGCAGAUGGCUGCCUCGCGUCUAAUUAAUCUACAACAUCAUCGGAUCGCCCAGUGCCAAAGCGUACAGAUCAAUAUCCUGGGAGACGAGGAGAUACCCAUUCAGGUGGACGGAGAAGCCUGGCUUCAGCCACCUGGAAUGAUUCGCAUUCUGCACAAGAACCGAGUGCAGAUGCUAUGCAGGAACAGAAGCUUGGAGCUCUCGCUGAAGAGCUGGCAGGAGAAGCAGCGCCAGCACAGCAUCUCUAUCCAAAGGGAUGCAUCUUCUACAGCUUCGGAGCAUGCCAACUCUACGGACGAGGUAAUCUCCGAACGCGAAUGCUACGUGCUCCUCAACUUUAUUGAAGCCGUCAGCUCGUUGGUGAAGUGGGUCAAGUUCCUGAUUAUCUCACAUCCGGCACUACAGCACGACCUAUACGAGGUGGCCUGCCGGGCCAGUGAAGCCCUGGAAUCGAUUCAUCCGCAGGGCAAACUACUCGAAGGUCCUUCGUUGCGCACCAAGUUGGUGGAGGUCAUCGACUCAUCGCGGCAGCUUUACGACGAUGCAUGCACCCUGCUGCGCGACCGAGGUCAUAGUUUGAUUCUCCGUGAGGAUUUGGAAACGAAGCUCAGCGCGGCGUUGGCCAACAUGGAAAUGGAACUGAAAAAGUGCUCCGUGCAGAAGUGCAUUGACGGCAAACUGAGGGCCUACUUUAAUGUUCUGGCGCCCAACGAAGAGUCCGAUGGCCGCCGCAAGUCUCGACCUUUCUGGGUGAGAUUGCGUUCCGGUUCGACCGCCGGUCAGCAGGCGUUUAAGCCACCUUUGACCAACACCCGCGAGGCGGCCAACAACUGGAGCGUCAACGAGGUGGUCACCUGGUUGGAAACGAUGCAGCUGUCGGAGUACGUGGACAGCUUCCUGAAGAACGACAUUCGCGGCAAGGAACUGCUUACCCUGGGCAGGCGUGACCUCAAGGAUCUUGGCGUGGUUAAGGUCGGACACGUCAAGCGUAUACUGCAGGCAAUAAAGGAUCUCAGCGAGAACUAAGCUUCCGUUGGGACUACUUAACGGCUAGUACAAACAAACCAGUCUUCGAAUCGCGCUCUUAGAGGUGAAGGGGUAGAAAAUUAAGUUGUACGCGAUCACAGGAAAAGUUAUGUUAUUAUGGGACAAAAUGCAUACAACAAUCACUAAUUUAUAGGCUAGCUUAGCUAACAUGCCGAAUGAUAGGGAAAUGCACUCAGCGAACUUGCAAGUAAAAUCAUUCGGUAAAACGACGAUAAUUCUAUCGAUACUCUUUACAUAUUUAGGCUUAGCUGACUUUCUCUCGAACAAAUUAUCUCGAUAUACCACUUUUGAUUGGCAUAGAUAUGUAAUUUUUUUAAGGCUACCAGCCACUUUAAAUCGAGACAAAACGAAAAGCACCUAAAAUUGAUUUUUGUUUUUCAAAUACGUAUGUCAAAUUUAAGAAAACACUAGCAGUUAAAACGAAUUUAAACGUAGUGGCACAUACGAGAACAAAAACGGUAACUGCAGUUAGAUUUUAAGUGUUUAACCUUCAACUUACGCUUAUAUUACCAAUUUUGAGAACCCGUUUGAGAUCUAUUCAAAACUGCAAGUAACUGAAACAUGAAAUCGAUUCUAAAUUUAAAAGCAAUUUAUAUUUUACAAAAAUGAAACAAUAAACGUGCAGACCCAAACCAAUCUAAAGGUUAUAGAAAUAAUACUUAUACAUAUACAUAUAACUACAAAGAGAUAUUCGAAACUAUAUUUAAAUGUUUCCCCCAUUAUUGUUAAAUCGAAAUGAUGCUAACAUUAUGUUAAUGCAAAUACGAGUCCAACUCUCGUUAUUGCAGCAAAGAAAAGUCUGUUAAACGUGUCAUUUUUGUGGUAACCAAAAGCAACUCUAACUUGUUUAUUUAAAUGAAUUUAGUUGUUAAGUCCGCGACGAUUUUCAAGAUAAGUUUAGGUUAGAUCCUUGGGGUCCUAGUGCCGGGUGCUGGGUCCCAACAAAUUUAUUUGGUACUAUAUACAAGCAUAUGGUAAAUCUUAGCUAGCAUUGGAACACGGAAUUAUGGUGUUCGGAACCUUUUUGGUACUCCUUUUAAUUGUUUACAUUUAAGAGAAUCCGCGUGAAACCCAACCACUUUUAUCAAAACGUUAAAGUGUUAGGAACGAAAUUGUGCUAAAUUUUUUAUACAUGUCAACUUUCGAUUUGAUCAAUUAAGUUACCCUCUAUCUCCCUGUCUAAAUAUGAACAUAUAAAUAUGUAUAGCUGCAUAUGAGUAGGUUUAGCAGUCCAAUGAUUUGAAAUGACCCAUCUUCAAAUGUUUGCUCAAGUUGCCUCCAGUUGAGUGAGUUUUUGAAAUGGCACAGCAGUAGCUGAGUUUAAUCUGAAACAAAUCACUUGAGCCACGUCUAUAAAUUAUAUUUUUUGAUAUAUAAGUAUAAUGAGCCCAGACCAACUCGAUUGAUUUGUUGUGAUCCUAUCACGAACUAACUUGUUUCCAAACAGCACCAGUAGCAAUCCUAUGAUUUCUAAGUAUUUUGACACAUAUUUGAUGAGCUAUGUACGCUUAUGUAUACUAGAUAUAAUAUACAAAGUAAGGAAAACGAUAAUUGGAAAACUUUUGCAUAAUAAAAAUCGAUAAAUACAAAGUUAAAAUUUGAAGACACAUUUUUUCGAAAAUUUUUCGACACAUGUAUUUUUGAGCAAACUUUAAAGAAAUUAAAAGCAAAAUUUAAAAAAAAACUCAUAACUUAUGUAACAAAAGUUAAACCGUGAUCGGCAACUCUCAUUCUCACGCAAAUGGUUUAUUUUCUUCGGUUUCUAGAUCAUCUCUAAUCAUUACCCCACAUUAAAUUUAUGUUAUUAUUUCAAAAAACUGUGAUAACAGCUUUCUAUAUUCCUGUAAUAAACAACUACAAAGAUCAGCAAAAUAAUAUUGAACGCGAUUCGUGAAGUGCAAUGAUAAAUCAACUGUAUAGUCUAAUAAAUAGUUCGUCUACAAUCAGAAGAUAGGUAAUGCCUAUGAAAACCAUUUACCAGCAAUAAAUGUUUUACAAUGUAUCUUAAUUAUGUGUAUUCAACUACCUUCUUCCCAAAUCCUAGAAAUAAAAACAAAUGUAAAAAACUGUCUGUGCGCAAUAUCCAGAUGAAACCAAAAAAUCGAUAAUACCGUUAAGUGAAAGCAAACCAUGAAGCAAACAAUAUUUCCUAUUAAAUAUAAUACAUCAAUUAUAAUAGAAGACAUUUUCUUGAAGAAAAACCUUAUAACAGCAAUA